CUUGUGAAACGGUCUGUUGCUUCACCGUCACCGGUGCAAUGUGAGCCGACGAUAACAAGCCAAGGUCGAGCCUCCUUCACUUGUUUUUUCCUUCUUCAAAGUUUGCACUGUACGUAGAAUUGUUCCUGUCAAGAAUCUCCUGUCAAUUCACAGAACAAUUGCAACCAUGGGCAAAGUAUUUGAUGCUGCAGAAUGUAAGGUAUCCAAUUCCCAACGGUUAUGCAGAACUAACUGUCCCGAAUAGUGGCUAGACAUAACCGACCCGACUCCUGCUACGUCUGUCUCUACGGCGACGUAUGGGAUGUAACUGAUUUCCUGCCCCAACACCCCGGUGGCUCAUCCAUAAUCCUCAAACUGGCUGGCGCAGACGCAACAGAAGAAUAUGAUCCCAUCCAUCCUCCCGGAACCCUCGAGGACAACCUUCCACCGGAGAAGAAACUCGGCACCAUAGACGUAUCGCUGAUUCCCAAAUUGGAACCGGAAGAAGUACAACAUACAGAGGGACCGGUGGAUGUGCAAACGCUGCUGAACCUCGAUGAGAUCGAGGAGGUUGCCACGAAACAGAUUUCCAAAAAGUGCUGGGCGUAUUACUAUUCUGCGGGCGAUGAUCUGAUAUCAAAGAACUUCAAUAAUCUGGUUUACAAGCAGAUUCUGUUGAGACCUAGGGUUUUUGUGGAUUGUACGAGAUGCGACCUUACUACCUCGAUGCUAGGUCACAAGGUGGGCUUGCCACUUUAUGUAUCUCCUGCUGCCAUGGCGAGGUUGGCACAUCCAGAUGGAGAACAGGGUAUUGCGAAGGGCGUUAGUUCUUUUGGGGCGUGCCAGAUUGUUAGCAAUAAUGCUUCUAUGACACCCGAACAAAUUGUGGAAGGGAGUGCGCCGGGACAGAUUUUUGGGUGGCAAUUGUAUGUUCAGGAUCAGAGGCAGAAGAGUAUCGAGAUGCUGAAGAGGAUUGGAAAGAUGGCUGAUAAGUAUAAAUUCAUCGUCUUGACAUUAGACGCGCCUGUCCCUGGGAAACGAGAACACGACGAGCGGUCGUCUAUGAGUAUCAAUGGUCUGCCGAAGAAAGACGGUUCAGAUGGGGGAGUGGGGAAGCAGUUGUUUUGGGGCACGGCGGCAGAUUUGACUUGGAAGGUUACGCUAGCGUGGUUGAGUAAACAUACGCAGUUACCCAUCGUCCUGAAAGGUUUGCAAACUCAUGAGGAUGCGUAUUUGGCUUCUCAAUACCCGCAAGUCAAGGCUGUUAUACUCUCUAAUCAUGGAGGGAGAGCACUGGAUACGGCACCCCCGGCGGUACAUACUCUGCUUGAGAUUCGAAAAUUUUGUCCCGAGGUGUUUGGCAGACUAGAGGUCUGGGUUGAUGGCGGGAUCAAGAGGGGAACAGAUGUGGUAAAAGCCCUGUGUCUUGGAGCGAGGGCGGUAGGUGUUGGAAGGGCGGCAUUAUUUGGUCUGGGAGCCGGGGGAACAGAGGGCGUUCAUAGAACUUUCGAGAGUGAGAAUUCCUUGCUUCCUAACCGUGUGGCCCUGGAAGAAAUCUUGCUAAUUAAGUUUCACAGUCCUCGAGGCGGAAAUCAAAACUUGCAUGCGGUUACUCGGUGCUGAGAAAGUCAGCGAUUUGGGGCCGAGAUUCGUAAGUCCAACCCCCUUCCCCCCUUUUGCCGUGUGAAUCCUAACGAAAGCAGGUCAAUUCCAGGGCUGUGGAACGAGAUAUCUACGAUGGACAUGCGGGACUAGAAAAACUGGGGCUGUGGGUGAAAUCGAGUUUGUAGAUAGAGAGGGAUGUACAGUCCAUGGCAUUUCCGACUUUUCGAUUACCGUACCUCAAUUUACCUUUAUAUCUUAA